GGCAUGGCAGUACUGACUAGUGGGCCCCUGACACCUGACUCCACUGUCAGUCCUAUGGAUUCAACAGAGCCCACCAGCAUGCCCAUGACUGGCUCUACUGCGAGAGAUUCCAUUUUAGACACUGCAACAGAGACUCUGGAGACUCUGCGAGGUACGACAACCACUCAGGCCCCCCUCCUCACUGUAACAAGUGGACUUAGGCCUCAGACACACAGGAGAACCAUGUUCUCUCCCACAGAAGCCUCAACUCCACCUGAAACGUCUUCUGGAGUCACCAUGGGCAUGGCAAGCCCCACAUUCUCCAUGACUCCAGCAGAGCCCACAGCCAGCACAGGCUCCAGUGGUCCCUUAAAGAUCAGCCCAGCUGGGACAAUUUCUUCUACAUUUCCUGCAGACACACCUGUAUCAGAAACAUCCCUUAGGGAGAGUCCCAGCACCACCCUGACUCCAUGGCCCACUCCAAUUGCUUCUUUUCAUACUGCUGUCUCAGCUUCAGAAAUGGGAAUCAGCUCCAUUUUGCCCCUGUCCUCAACUCCUACAGCCAUCAGUGCUACAGAAACCAGGCCGAGCCCAGAGCUGCCUUUGAGAGAGACCACACCAGAGAAGCAGGAUGCUCAGACAGGAAUGGAGCCAGGCUCAGCUAACCUGUCCUCCACUGCCGUUCCCAGCAUCAUCCCAACAUCUGCUGGAGGAGACACAAGCACUUUGUUGGUGUCUACAGAAGGACCAGAAGGUCAAACUGUUUCCAGCACCUUCCCAGAGAACACAGACGCCUCUGCAAGCACUUACAGAGAACACAAGUACUCCCCAAGCACAGGAGUAACUCUCUGGCCUGACAGGGCUUCCCCGUCUUCUCUGCCAGCCUAACUGAAGGAACCAGCUACUCCAGGACUGUCCCCUCGACCUCUUUGGUGAGCAUGACAAGCAUUGGCAUAACUGGAGCUCAGACAAGCCCAGCUCUACCUCCUACCCCAGGGCCCACAGAGUCUACACCUCCCAAGGGGGGCACUCCCUCUGUCACACCAAUGACUGAAUUUAGAACCAAGCACCGUGAACAAUUACAGAGCAGUUUGGCCUCCAGCAGCCCCCCAGUGCAGGAGACCAGCAGACCAGGUAGCCCUACAGCAUCACAUACAAGUACACUCAGCCCAGGGAAGUUUCGUCCUGCUGAGAACACAGCUAACCUUGUGUCAAGUCCUGUGGGAGAGUCUAGCUCAGAGCCAGCUGCCUACACCACUCCUUCCCACACCCCAGGUACUACAGAGACUAGGCCUGGAACAGACUUGUUCUUGGUAUUAACCACACUAGCACCUGUUGUCUCCAUCACCAGGAUCUCUCGGGCUUUGCCUAGAACAAGAAUGGGACGUUCCCUGGUCCUCAAUCUUAGCCAAAGCCACAGCUCUCACCAUCAGUGGGGCAGAUACCACUCCCUACAUGGUCAAGGACAGUGUCUCCUUCAACUCGAAUAACUUCAUCUGGGGUCACCUUUAAGGCUGAGGACGAGCUCAGCUGUCCUUCUGUCUAUGACCACAAGUCUGACCCUCGGCACUAAAUAGGUCACUCUUAGCCCUGAGCUCCCAAGUACGGUGGCAGAGAGUGGCACAGAUGCCACACUGACCACUUCUGACCACUCCCUCUCCUAAAGAUCCAGUGUUGUCAGACAGCACUCCUAGAGGCUCAUCGGUCACCUCUGCUGGCUUGAUUCUCCUAGAGAAAAUGGCUAAGUAUUCCACAUGUAGGCCUAGAGAAAACCUCAGAGCUCUCCCUAACCACCUUAGUCAUAGAGGCCAGCAUUGGUUUAACAGUCAAGAUGACUAGAGACAUCUCUGCAGUUCUUCCAAGAUUCAGCAGCAAAACUGGAGUGAGACCUUCAGUUUCUCCUAGUUCUAGUUUAGGAGAGAUUUGAGUAAGUUCUGAGGUUCAGACUCCCAGAGAGGAAAGCUCUUCCAUCCAGGUGGCCUAUGGUCGCCACAGUGACUCCUGUCCAUGUCGGAUCAGGUACAAGUCUGGCUGCUAUGACCUGGGCUGAGCUAUCUGAGACUCAAAGUCUAGUGAUCACUCAAAUUUUAUAGGAGAGCGACACGGAAUCUUUAUUGUCUCUUAUUACAGAUGAAGUCCCUGGAGCAGAGCCCAUUAACAGCUCUUACUCUAACCCCAGGACUAGGGGAGGCCCAGGCUUCCAUAGGCACUCUCUCCAUCAUGGAAACCUUAUCUCAUCCCCUCCAUUAGAAAGCCCCAGGAGGGGGCGGAGCCAAGAUGGCAGAGUGAAAGCAGUGACUUGCUUGAGCUCUGGUCUUUGCUCUGCCCCCUCCUUCAGCCUUCCUAAGCUCCCAUCCCCCACUUCUCCUUUGCCUCCAGCCCCGCCCCCACAGCAGUCUCUCACUGCCUCUCCUCGUUCUGGCGGGCCAUGCUCCGCCCCCUUACCCUCGGCCCCGCCCCCGAACC